UCACAACAAUAUUUUCUGUUUAGAUGGGAAUUUUUCAUAUGUUGAAAUGGAAAAUUGAUAUUUGAGCGAAGAAUCUUUUCUGCAACUCUAGUUAGCAAAAAAGAAGAAAAGGUGAAAAACAAUCAUAUAGAAUUGAAUCAAAAACUACAAAAAGGCGCUUAAACUGGCAUUGGAUAUACUCUGUUUUUGAAACUUAAAGACUUUAGGGUUUUCAAAAUUAUAUAAAUUUAGGCAUUCUUAAUCUCCAGUUGUAUGAUCCCAGUUACCCCACUAACUGUUUCCAGUGUUUGAUGGAUCGUCUACGCCCAAGACAGAGGCCGGUCUUCUCUGGGUUUACAAAAGCUGAAAUUGAAAAAAUGGAGAAAUUGUUCAUGGAAUCAAGAGAGCUGCUGCAGAGUAAAGAGUUUUGUCAAAAACUUGCAAGAAAAUUUAGUUCAUCCUCAGGUCGUGCUGGUAAGCCCAUCGUUAAAUGGAACGAGGUACAAAACUGGUUCACAACUAGGCAGCAAGAAAGCGAAGUGAAAGUUCCUUCCGUGACCAAUACAUACAAAGAUGAGUCCAGACUCCCUCAAACUUGCCUUCUAAAUGAUGGAGAUCAAAGUUGUCAGAUUCUUAAAGGUUUGGUUUCAAAAGUGGGAGAAAAGGUUUUGGAUCUAUCAGAACUAGAAUUUGAGGCAAAGUCAUCAACAGAUGGAGCAUGGUAUGAUGUUGAUAUGUUUCUGUCUCACCGAGUUACUAGUUCCGGUGAAACUGAAGUUUGUGUUAGAUUUGUCGGAUUUGGAGCUGAGGAGGAUGAAUGGGUUAACGUAAAAAAGGCAGUACGAGGACUAUCCAUCCCGUUUGAACAUUCCGAAUGUUGUAAGGUGAUGGUUGGAGGUCUUGUAUUAUGCUUGCAGGAGAGAAGAGACCAAUCAAUCUACUACGAUGCUCAUGUCUUGGAGAUAGAACGGAAAACUCAUGACAUAAGAGGUUGCAGGUGUCUGUUUUUUAUCCGAUAUGAUCACGACAGCUCUGAGGAGACAGUUUGCUUGAGGAGACUCUGUCGAGUUCUAGGCUGAUAAUUCAGAUAGCUUGCACCAUGCUUGCUUUUGAAUCAUCCAGUUUCAAUUUUGCACUUGUAUGGGUGCGUGAUUUUCUGAAGGAAGGAAGGAAUUACAAGCACCUCUUUUCAAGUCAAAAUUUGUUCUUAAUAAAAUAACAGUAGAUUUCUAGUCAAAAACACAAUAUUCCACAAAAGGAUCAUUCGGCUUAUUGCCAGUCAUAACAGGAUUUCUUUUUUCUGUUUCUUUUUGUUGGAAAA